AGGAUAUUUUACCUAUCUUUUCUAUGUCGGGUCGGCCGAUUGGUGCUACAGUGGUAGAGAUACUUGACCUUGACAUUUUGGCUAAAGCACAUUCAUAUGUGUUAUUCAAUUGUAGUGAAGUUGAUGAAUUUAGAACAGAACAUCUGACGAAUGUUCGUCAUGAAAAUCGGAAAUUACGUGAGCGUGAGAUUCAGUGUUUACAUAGCGAGACUUUUGAGUCAUGGUUUCAAGAUCAUGUUGAGGAGCUGCAUACCAGAGGGGAUCAUAGAAUCACGGAAGAUCUAAGAAACUUGGCAAGUGGCCCAGCUGAGUUUGUGAAAAAAUAUAAGGGAUUUAUUAUAAAUGGUUUCCGAUUUCACACAAAAGAUCAGGAACAGAAUAGGAAAACACAAAAUAGUGGAGUUAUGCUUGAGGCCAUGACUAAUAGCUUCUCAAGUGCUAAAGAUAACAAUCCUAUCGUGGGAGAUGUAACAUACUAUGGGGUUUUGAAUGAUAUCAUUGAGUUGGAGUAUGCUGUUGACAGGAAAGUAGUUUUGUUCCAUUGUGAUUGGAUCUCGAAUGGUUCAAGGAAAAAGCAAGAUGAGAAUGGGUUUACUCUACUCAAUUUUGAAGGUUUGAACCCUCAUAAAGACCCUUUUAUACUAGCUUGUCAAGCACAACAAGUAUUUUAUGUUGCAGAUCGUGUUGACAAAGGAUGGAAAGUUGUGAUCAAGACAACGCCUAGAGAUUCUUAUGACAUGAAUGAACAAACAUGUCUUGAGAAUGUAGAAACACAUUUGCAGAGUGACACGUCUACGGGUCCUCAACUUGAUGAAAAUAUGAAUAUUGAAUUGGUUAGAAGGGGUUUAAAUGGGACCAUUGUUGACAAAAAUACCUUAGUUUUUGACGGAGAUGAAGAUCUAUUUGAAGCUGCUUCAUGAUUUUAAUUAGUUAUUUAGUAAUAUGAUUUUUUUCAUCGCAUAUUCAGUAAUUGUAUUUGAUUUUUUUCUGCAUCGCUGAUAAUAAUUAUUUUUUCAUCGCUAUAACUUGUUUUUUAAUAGUUAUGUCUAUGUGAACAGAUAUGUAUCACAACUAGUAUAUCUGCUGGGUUAGAUCAGAUCUUACCUUGGUUGUUCUAUUAUAAAGUACUUGGGGUUGGAACUCACUUGGAAUAGAUGGAGUAGUUUUGACUUGUCAUGUUUGGGCUAGACAAAAAUUCUUAUGUACUUUAAUGUAAUGGUGUAACCGUGGGGUUCGGAUGGUGUAUACCCUAACACCUUGCUCGGUUUUAAUUUAUGAAUUAAUGAAAGUUUGAGUUGGCCAUUCAAACAAAA